CGGAGCCUGACGUAGAUGGUGGGGCGGGGCUAAGGGUCUAGACGAGAAAGAGGAGGGCGCGCGGAGACUAGAGCUCUUUAAAAAAAAAGUGGGCGUGCUCAUGCGCCGUACCCGGGCUCAGUGACAGGCACAGUGGGCGGGGCUAACACGUUGACAGCGGGAAGGGGCGCGGUCAGAGCCGCGGUGACAGCAGUGCUGUGGGGAGGAGUCGUUCGCUUUUCUGCUGUCGCUGCCGCUAGUCUCGGCCGGGGCCUCGCUGAACAUGGAGCUGUCUGCUGUCGGGGAGCGGGUAUUCGCCGCCGAAUCCAUUAUUAAACGGCGCAUAAGGAAGGGCCGCAUUGAAUAUCUUGUAAAAUGGAAAGGUUGGGCUAUCAAGUAUAGCACAUGGGAGCCAGAAGAGAACAUAUUGGACUCAAGACUUAUUGUCGCUUUUGAGCAAAAAGAGCGAGAACAAGAAAUUUACGGACCUAAAAAGAGAGGCCCAAAGCCAAAAACAUUCCUUUUAAAGGCAAGAGCCCAGGCUGAAGCUCUACGUAUAAACGAUGUCCACUUUGCAGUUAAACCAAGCUCAAGUACUUCCCAUAAACUGCACUCCAGUGCUGCUGUACACCGCUUGAAGAAGGACAUACGGCGCUGUCACAGUAUGUCUCGUCGCCCUCUUCCCCGUCCAGAUCCCACAGCACCCUCUGGAACUACUUCUGGCCUGCGUGCCCCUGUGUCUCCCUUUUCAGAGACUGUACGGAUCAUCAACCGUAAGGCCAAGCCUCGAGAGCCAAAGCGUAGCAGAAUCAUUCUUAAUCUGAAAGUAAUUGACAAGGGAGCAAAAACACCUUUAGUACGUCCUAAAAUUCCAUCCCGAAAUAGAGUUAUUGGGAAAAGCAAGAAGUACAGUGAAAGCAUGCUCCGGAAUCAGAUUCGUCAUUUGAAGUAUGGAACCUUCUCCCUGUAUAACAAGCCGGCCCUUCGAGGUCCAGAAGGAGAAAAGGCAGAAGAUGAAAGCACUAACCAAGGUCUUGGUGAUGAGAGCUCUAGUACAUCUGGGUGUCCUUCUCCCGCUCCAUCUGAUGAUAGACCUCCUAAAUUACUGCCUGAGACCCUUAGCCCAGCUGUUCCUGACUGGCGGGAAUCUGAAGCGUUGGAUCUUUCCAUUCCGCCAGAAUCUUCUGCAAGCAAACGUGGGCAAGGUGAGCCUGAUGAAUCUGAUCCUGAAGAGGCUGGAGACUGGCGCCCAGAUAUGUCCCCAUGCUCCAAUGUAGUAGUGACGGAUGUUACAAGCAACCUUUUAACAGUCACCAUAAAGGAGUUCUGCAAUGCACAAGACUUCGAGAAAGUGGCGGCUGCUGCUGGCAAAUAGUAGGGCGGAAGAACUGUAAGAGUAAAGGCAGUUCGACAUAAAGGUUAAUUCACUCUUAAGCUAUUGCUACACCACCCUACCCAUGUAGUAUGUAUUAUAAGGUCAUGAUUCACAAGUGGUGCUGUUCUGUAAGAUGGUGUGCAUCACAUUGACUUCUAGGUUAGUAGAUGUCUGUAGAUACGGCUCAUCUUACGUCCUUUCCUGCUUAUAAUGGUACAAUUUCAACUUGGAAUGUGAUGGCACUUAAUAGUCUUUAUGAAAUAAGUCCGUGCGCCAUUCUUCAUUUACUACGUAGUGGAACAGAAAGCAGCAUAAAUAUUAAUGUGAAAUGCACAACUUUCGUGGCUUUUAAGCUAUAUUUGUGAGCAGAUGUUUCUGUGGUAUAUUUGUAUGAAGUAGAUGAACAAAGUCCAGCUCACCUCUCUCUGUGUGGUGCAUGGACCUGUGCCCGGCUAGGCACCCAGCAGUACUUAAAAUUAGGAGAUGGUCCAGCACUUCGUAUAAAUGCAGCUUUAUUGAAGAUCACGACUCGA